AUGGAUAUUGAGAUAAAAGAAGAAUUUAAGAAUGCAAAAGAAGAAUUGGAGCAUGCAACAGAAGAAUUGAAGACAUUUAGGAAUAAAAAACAGGAAAGGUUAUAUGAGUUGCUACUGAAGAUGGCUAAUGAAGAAGAGAGGAACGAUCACCAGAAAAAAUAUUGGGGAAUUAUGAUAGAUGAACUUAGGGAAGAAAAAGCAAGGUUGAAUAAUCGCGUGAAAUUUUUUAUGGACCAGAUGGUAUAUUAUCGAAACAAAUUAACAGAAUUUAAUAAUAACGCUGUAAAGCGCAAGUCUGAAACAGUAUCAAGUGAAGAAGAUGUUGAUAGACGUGCAUCAGAUCGUAUUAAGAAA